AUGCCCCCCAAGCUUGACCAAAUCGUGGCAGCCGUGGCCGCGGUGCCCGUGACUCUCAGCGCCAUGGGCUUCACCGGGGCCGGGAUCGCAGCCUCCUCCCUAGCUGCCAAGAUGAUGUCCGCAGCGGCCGUCGCCAAUGGGGGCGGUGUGGCUGCUGGCAGCCUGGUGGCCACUCUGCAGUCCGUGGGAGCUGCUGGCCUCUCCACCUCUUCCAACAUCCUUCUGGGCACUGCUGGGUCAGCUUUUGGGUACUACAUGGGGGGUUCAAAAAAGAAAACCCCACCUGCUCCCUCAGAUGAAGCCGAAGAAGACGAAGAGGACUCAUCUUCAGGAGAUGAUGACCCCCAAAUUAGACCUCCAUCAAAGAAAACAUGA